CUCAACACAGACCUGUCUCAACCAGACACGGCAGGCAGGCAAAAUUAUUUUAAAUACACGAUUGGUCAACUCUUGGAUAGGAGUAGAUGAGCUCUUGUAGAGCUGCUGCAAGUGUCUUUCUAUCCAUUCUUGCCGAGCCGACUCCCCCUGCCUCCUCCUCCGCUUGCAGAAUUGUAUAAAGAACAAAAUCGGGCUGGGGAGGGGGAUUGAUACGCUGAAGCUGAAAUCGAGAGGCGAACCCAGGAAAGAGGACUAUUUUGUACACGGGACUUUCCCCCCCUUCGUCCCUAAAAAGGAGGGGGAAAAGUCACAUUUUUAAAAGCGAUAUUUUUUAAAACCGAGGAUUACAAAUAGUCACCGGCGCCUAUCUCUGAGGAUAUAUAUUUUAUUUCGUUAAAAAUGGCCGAGAACGUUCUGGACUCUGGCCCGCCUUUAGCCAAGAGGCCUAAGCUAUCCUCCCCGGCGCUCUCAGCUUCAGCCAGCGAUGGAAACGACUUCGGCUCACUUUUUGACCUGGAGCAUGACCUCCCUGAUGAGCUGAUUAAUUCCUCAGAGUUGAGUUUGGCAAAUGGAGGGGACCUCAGUCAGCUGCACACCAGCUUGGGUUCUGGGGUCGGGGCCAUCGGAGGAGUCUCGUCCAGUGGCCAGGAUGCAGCAGCUAAGCACAAGCAGCUCUCAGACCUGCUCCGGCAUGGAUCCACACCGGGAGCGCAGCAGCAGGGGCAAAUGGGCAGCCCUUCGGCAGCCACAAUGGGUCUUUUUGGAAAUAUGAAGGCUUCUCCAGGUGCCCAGGGCAUGGGCACACACGGUCAGCAACAUCUUUCCCCUCAACAAGCCAGCCUAAUGCAGCAGCAACAGCAGCAGCAGAUGGCUGGGAUGAUGGGUAACAUGAACAGGAAUAUGCUCGGACCUCAGAAAGGCAAUGGACAGCAGCAGGCAGGAGGGCCCUCUCCCCAGCAGCAAAACAUGCUGGCGGGGCAGAUGUUGAACGGGUCGCCCAGAAUGGGACAUCACAACCCAGGCAUGGGCAGCAACAGUAAUCUAUUAGCGGAGGCUCUUCAACAGCAGCAGACCACAAGCGGCCAGGGUGGACUGAGGGCUCAGCAGCCUGGAGCAAUGAACAAGAUGGGUAUGAAUGUAAGUCCAGGCCCCUAUGGAGGCCCAUAUGGUCAGUCUGCCAGUCAGGGUCUUGGUGUUGCAGGGCUGGCCCCUCAGCUCCAGAACAAACCAGGUCUGCCUAACAGUCCGGCCCAGUUUAACCUUGAUAAGAAACCUCAGCCUAUGCAAGGCAUACCUGGCAUGCAGACAUCUCAGCCUUCGCCGACUGGUCCUCCCGGGGGUGCAGGAGUGGCCGGCAUGAUGCCCAACCCCCAAGGAACUCUCGGGCCCGGUUCGGCAGCCUCGUCGGUGACCGCAGCAGCAGUGGGCGGUGUGCCUCCAGCGGCCGACCCCGAAAAGCGCAAACUCAUACAGCAGCAGCUGGUGCUUCUGCUUCAUGCCCACAAGUGCCAGCGCCGGGAGCAAGCCAACGGGGAAGUACGACAGUGCAACCUGCCCCAUUGUCGCACCAUGAAGAACGUCCUUAACCACAUGACGCACUGCCAGGCUGGCAAGUCUUGCCAAGUGGCGCACUGUGCCUCAUCCAGACAGAUAAUCUCUCACUGGAAGAACUGCACGCGGCACGACUGCCCCGUAUGUCUGCCUUUGAAAAAUGCAGGAGACAAGAGAAACCAGCAGACUCUCUUGGCAUCUGCAGGUGUGGGAUUAAGUACUGCUUUGGGUAACGUGACCGGUGGCCCACCCAGUGCCCCCAGUCUCAACACUCCUGGGCAGAUUGACCCCAGCUCCAUUGAGAGAGCUUAUGCAGCUUUGGGCCUAACAUACCAAGGAAACCAGGCAUCGCCCUCGCCAGGUCAACAGACAUCACGGACACUGAACACCAUGGGACCGAAUCCCAUAGGAGUAAAUGGGGCAGUGGGUGGUCAGUCUCAGAGUCAGCAUUCGAGCCUCCUGCAGGAUGCAAUGCUACAUUUGAGCUCCCAGAGUAUGAUGAAUGACAGCACUUUGGGGUCUAUGCCUGUGGCUAACCCAGCUGCCGGUGCUGGCAUGAGGAAGAACUGGCACGAGGACAUCACCCAAGAUCUUCGCAACCACCUUGUGCACAAACUUGUCCAGGCCAUUUUUCCCACUCCAGACCCAGCUGCACUAAAGGACAGACGUAUGGAUAAUCUAGUGGCCUAUGCACGUAAAGUGGAGGGAGAUAUGUAUGAGUCUGCUAACAGCAGGGCGGAGUAUUACCACCUGCUGGCGGAGAAGAUCUAUAAAAUCCAGAAGGAACUAGAAGAAAAGCGAAGGACGCGGUUACAAAAGCAGGGCGUGAUGCCCACUCAGUCUGGAAUGCCUCCCACUGGCCUGCAGCAAGGCCCUGCUGGAAUGGGUCAGCCAGGGAUGCCCACAGGACUGCCACCUAAUGGUUCUCUCUCAGAUCCUUCUGUUGUGCGGCCCCCAGGACCAAACCAGAUGAUGAACAGGAUGCCGAAUGCCACUGGGAUGAAUCCAUUCAACCAUAUGGGAAUGCAGUCCAUGAGUCAGAGAUCUACACCACCCCUUCCUCUCAGCACACCUCUUAACCAGGUGAGCACUGGGAGGAUGCCACAGCCAAAUGCUGCACAAAUGCAAAGUCAGUACAUGCCAUCUGGACAGUUUCCAGGUUCCAGUCCUCACGGUCCUGGAUCUGUUGAGAUGGCACAUCCAGGAAAUGAUGGUGGCAUCACUCAACAGGGGCAAAUGGGUUCCUUGUCAUCUCUGCCAGUUGGCAGUCCUUUAGCCCAGCCUGGGUCUGCCGGAGGGGCCGGCAGCGGGCCCUCGGUGGGCUCUAUGGGUCCUAACAACAUAGGUGGGCUCCAUCCUCCAUCCACACCGUCGCAGUCCAUGAACCUUCCGCACUGCCAACCUUAUUAUCAGAAUUCUCCCUCCCCGGGACCUAGCCGCACACCUACACCGCGCCUCAUGUCUCCUUCAGGCCGGCUGGGCUCCCAGACACCCCAGCCUCAUACCCCUAGCCUACCCCAGCCAGCCACGACUGGCAGUCAACAGCAGUUACCCUCGUCCCCCAGUUCUGACAAUGUCAUGCAGCAGGCAUUAGGAGGAGCUUCACCGACUGUAUCUCAUUGUGGUCACCCUGCUUCAAAUGCUAGCCAGCAUCCACGCACUCCAAUGUCUCAAAAGGGUUCCUUAGCAUUGGAUGGCAAGGCUGCGACCCCUGCCUCUGUAAGCAGUACAGAUGCCUCGUUUCAACAGGGCCCCUCUGACCCCACAACCAGCCUGGAGCCCAAACUAAAAGAGGAGGAGGACGAUGAAGAAGCCAUGCUGGGAGGAAGAACAGGAAAGCAGGAAGACAUUAAAACCGAGGAAAAGCCUGUGAUAAAGAAAGAAGAGCCAUUGAGUGAAGAUUGUAAAGGUAUGCCAAUGGAGUCGUCAUCUGCUCCAACUGGUGAGGAUAAAAAGCCUGAGGUGAAGAUUGAGCCUAAGGUUGAAGAGGACGGUUCAGGGCCUACACUUACCCACAGCUCACCUUCUGGAGUCACCAAAAAGAAAAAUGAUGCGCUUUUGAGAGAAAAUAAGCAGCCCCAUCACUCUAUUUCACCUAAAUGUGUUUUCAAACCAGAGGAGCUGAGGCAGGCCCUGAUGCCCACACUUGAGUCUCUUUACCGCCAGGACCCCGAGUCUCUACCCUUCCGCCAACCUGUGGAUCCUUCAUUGCUGGGAAUUCCAGACUAUUUUGACAUAGUCAAGAAUCCCAUGGACUUGUCUACCAUCAAACGGAAGCUCGACACUGGCCAGUAUCAGGAGCCGUGGCAGUAUGUGGAUGACAUCUGGCUCAUGUUCAACAACGCUUGGCUCUACAACCGCAAGACGUCGCGGGUCUAUAAGUACUGCUCCAAGCUGGCUGAGGUUUUUGAGCAGGAGAUCGACCCAGUCAUGCAAAGCCUCGGCUACUGUUGUGGGAAAAAGCUUGAGUUUUCUCCUCAAACUCUGUGCUGCUAUGGGAAGCAGCUGUGCACUAUACCACGAGACGCUGCUUACUUUAGUUAUCAGAACAGUUCACCAAAAUAUGGACUUCUCGCUGACAGGUACCACUUCUGCGAGAAGUGUUUCAAUGAGAUCCAGGGUGAGAGCGUGUCCUUGGGAGAUGACCCCUCUCAACCUCAGACAUCAAUCAACAAGGAUCAGUUUGAGAAGAAGAAAAAUGACAUGCUUGACCCCGAGCUAUUUGUGGAAUGUAUUGAUUGCGGUCGUAAGAUGCAUCAAAUCUGUGUUUUGCACAAUGACACUAUCUGGCCAUCAGGCUUUGUGUGUGACUGCUGUCUGAAGAAGUCUAACAAAACCAGAAAAGAGAACAAAUAUGCUGCUAAAAGGCUUCCGCAGACCAAACUAGGCAACUACCUGGAAGGACGAGUUAAUGAUUUUCUGAAGCGCCACAAUCACCCAGAGGCUGGUGAUGUCACUAUUCGUGUUGUUCAUGUCUCAGACAAAGUGGUGGAAGUCAAACCAGGCAUGAAGUCCAGGUUUGUGGAUAGUGGAGAGAUGGCAGAGUCUUUCCCAUACAGAACUAAAGUUUUAUUUGCGUUUGAGGAGGUUGACGGUGUUGAUGUCUGUUUUUUUGGGAUGCACGUACAAGAGUAUGGCUCAGACUGUCCACCCCCUAAUCAGAGACGGGUUUACAUAUCCUACCUGGACAGUGUCCACUUCUUUCAGCCACGCUGUCUGAGAACAGGAGUGUACCAUGAGAUUCUUAUAGGGUACCUGGAGUAUGCCAAAAAACAGGGGUUUACCACGGGACACAUCUGGGCCUGCCCUCCUAGUGAAGGAGAUGAUUACAUUUUCCACUGUCAUCCUGCAGACCAAAAAAUACCCAAACCUAAGCGUCUGCAGGAGUGGUACAAGAAGAUGCUGGAUAAAGCUGUAACAGAUCGUAUUGUGCAUGACUAUAAGGACAUCUUCAAACAGGCAACAGAGGAUCGUCUCACCAGCGCCAAAGAACUGCCUUAUUUUGAGGGUGAUUUCUGGCCUAAUGUGCUUGAGGAGAGUAUCAAAGAAUUGGAGCAGGAAGAGGAAGAAAGGAAGAGAGAGGAAAACAGCACGUCCAAUGAGAGUGUUGAUACAACGAAAGGUGAUAGCAAAAACGCCAAGAAAAAGAACAACAAGAAGACAAGCAAGAACAAGAGCAGUUUAAGCCGAGCCAACAAAAAGAAGCCAGGGAUGCCAAAUGUGUCCAAUGACCUUUCACAGAAACUGUAUGCCACUAUGGAAAAGCACAAAGAGGUGUUCUUUGUGAUUCGGCUUAUCGCUGGGCCCAGUUGCAAUGCUCUUCCACCCAUUGUUGAUCCGGAUCCUUUGAUGGCUUGUGAUUUGAUGGAUGGUCGUGAUGCCUUCUUAACACUCGCACGGGACAAACACUUGGAGUUUUCUUCAAUGCGACGUUCCAAAUGGAGCACUAUGUGCAUGCUGGUGGAACUGCACAACCAAAGCCAGGAUCGCUUUGUCUAUACCUGCAAUGAGUGCAAGCACCAUGUCGAGACUCGCUUUCAUUGCACUGUGUGUGAGGACUAUGAUCUCUGCAUCAAUUGCUACCAUGCAAAAGGUCAUGAGCACAAGAUGGAGAAACUGGGUCUGGGGUUGGAUGAUGAAAGCAACAGCCAGGCUGCUUCCUCAACACAAAAUCCUGGAGACUCACGUCGUCUUAGUAUCCAGCGGUGCAUCCAGUCCCUGGUGCAUGCUUGCCAAUGCCGCAAUGCAAACUGCUCACUUCCAUCAUGCCAGAAAAUGAAACGUGUGGUUCAGCAUACCAAGGGCUGCAAGCGCAAAACCAAUGGUGGUUGUCCUAUCUGCAAGCAGCUCAUUGCACUCUGUUGUUACCAUGCAAAGCACUGCCAAGAGAACAAGUGCCCCGUGCCAUUCUGCCUGAACAUCAAGCAGAAACUGCGGCAACAGCAGCUACAGCACAGGUUACAGCAGGCCCAGAUGGUGCGUAGAAGAAUGGCCAGCAUGCAGAGGACAGGUCAGCAACUUCCAGGAGGUAAUGGUGGGUUGCCGUCUCCUGGGAACAAUAGUACUACUGCUCCUAGCACUCCAACACCGAGCACUCAGCCUCCUACCCCACAGACGCCGACUCCGCAGUGCCAGCCUCCUCUGCCCCAGCCUGGGGUUGGAGGUGUUUCCUCACAGCAGCAACAGCAACUGGCAGGAAUGCCCCAUCAGUACCAACAAAUGUCUGGAGGUGGUGGGAUGAUGAGCUCCCCACAGCAGCCAUUAGUACCACAGCAGCAACAGCCAACAUCAGUUCAGCAGCUUCAGCAUGCCAGCAACCUUCCUCCAUAUGCGCAGAGACCACCAGGCUCCUCUCCUCUUUCUCAGUCAAUGGGAAAGCCGGGUACGGGGCCAAGUGGUUUCCCUCAACAACAACAGUCAAACCCAGGACAGCCUGUGAUGUCACAACAUCAGCCGUCUGGUCCCCCACCUGCUGCAGUUGAAAUUGCCAUGAGGAUUCAGCAAAUGGCUGAGAGCCAAAGGCAAAUGGCUCAGCAAAAGAUUCUGCAAAGAAACCAGGGACAGGGAAUGAUGCCUCAACAAAGCAUGCAUCAGGGUCCUCAAACUCAAGGUCAGAUGGGCAUGAACCUUCCAGGAGCUGGAAUGGUUGGGCCUCAGGGAAUGCCAGCGCAAGCAGCAGUGGCUCGCAGUCACAUUGAACAGCAGCAGCAGGGAAUGAUUACAGCGGGCAUGCCGCAGCAGACAGGACCUCAAAAUCAGGUCCCUCAAGUGCAGCUGCAGCAGGCCCAGCAUGGAGGACUUCAGGCGCAGCAGCAGCAGUGGUCAGGUCCUGGCAUGCCUGCGCAGCAGAGACCUCCUGGUAUGAUGAACCAAAUGGGUCUGCAAGGCAUGAUUGCACCCCAGCAACAGCAGCAAGCGGUUGGUCAGCAGCAGCAAGGCCAUUCUGGUGUAAUGGGUAUGAUGGGCCAAGGUCAAGGAGGGGCCACACCUGCUGCAACUGGAAACCAGUCUCAGGCUACCUUACAGGACCUCCUAAAUACCUUAAGGUCACCUAGUUCACCCCAUCAACAACAACAAGUCCUGAAUAUAUUACGUUCAAAUCCUCAGCUAAUGGCAACCUUCAUAAGGCAACGGGCUCCCAGGUACCUUAGUCGAGGUGGGCCUGGUGCAGGUCCUGGUGCGGCAACAGGAGGACCGGGUGGAGGUCCAGGGGUCAUGGACGGCCAACAAAUGAAUGUAAAUCCUGGGACAGCUCAAGCGGGUAUGCAUAUGGCCCAGGGAACUGGCAUGCCAAUGAAUCAGUUGCAGCAGCAGCAACUUCAGCAGCAGCAGCAACUUCAACAGCAGCAGCAACUUCAGCAGCAGCAGCAACUUCAGCAGCAGCAGCAACUUCAACAACAACAGCAGCAGCAACUUCAACAGCAGCAGCAACUUCAACAGCAGCAGCAACUUCAACAACAACAACAACAACAACAACAACAGCAGCAGCGGCCAAUGAUGGGUGGCAAUUUGCAGCAACAACAGCAGAUUGCAGCUUUACAGCAUCAACAAGGUGUUAUGUCCAAUCAGGGCAGCAACAUGUCUAACAUGCCCCCCCAGAUCAGAGAGAUGAUGCGGAGGCAUUUGCAACAGCAGCAUCAACAGCAGCAGCAGCAGCAACAGCAACAACAACAACAGCAGCAGCAGCAUCAACAACAACAACAACAGCAGCAGCAGCAGCAGCAACAACAACAACAUAUGGGAACUCAAGCUCAGUUUCAGCAUCCUCAGCCACCCCAGCAACUAGGUUAUCUUGGCCAGUCUGGAAUGCCUCUACAACAGCCUGGUGGUCUUCAGCAGCAACAAGGAGGCACCCAACCUGGAACGCAGCAGAACUAUUCUGGGUCUAUGUCCCAUCAGCAGGUCGCAGCAGCUCUUCAACAGAGAUUGCAGCAGCAUCAGAAACAAAAUCAGCAGAAUGCUAUGGCAGGAAUGCAGGGUGCUGAUGGAGGUCCUGGAGGUGGUGGUCCUCUCCAGCAGCAGCACAUGCAGGCAGCUCAAGUUAGUUCGCAACCCUCAGCCAUGCUUCAGCAAGCUUUGCAGCAAAGGCUUCUCCAACAACAACAGUCACACCGAGGAGGAGGAUCUCCUGCUCAGCACAACAAUCCCAUGAGCCCUCAGCAGCCACAGCAACAGAUGUCCCAGUCGCCCCAUUUGCAAGGCCAGCAAUUGCCCAAUUCCUUAAGCAGCCAAGUCCGCUCACCCCAGCCAUCACCUCGGCCCCAGUCCCAGCCACCAAAUUCAAGUCCGUCUCCUCGAAUGCAGCCCCAACCAUCACCCCAUCACAUCUCUCCCCAGACCCAGACGGGGUCGCCUCACCCGGGUCAUCUUCCUCAGCACCACACUGGCAUGGUUGCACCACCACAACAGCAGCAGCCAUCACAGCAGCAGCAACAGGUUAAUACUAUAGACCAAGGAACUUUUGGAGCAGACCAGAGUGCCAUGCUUUCACAGCUUGGUGGAAUGGGAACUUUGCACGGUCAGGGGACAAAUGACAUGCUGGCUAAUAACCAAGAAAUGGGGACAAACAUAAGUCAUUAAAUUGAAUAUAGUGUUGCAGUGCGCAAAACUGUCCUGAUUGGUAGCAGAUCUAGGAUUUACAAUGGCUGUCAUCAAUAGUAUUAUUAUUAUUUAAUAUUUUUCUUAUGUAAUUGAAAAGAACUGAACUUCCUAUGGGAGAUACUACAUGUGCAAGUCAACAUAUUAAGUUAAAUGAAUGGUAAGUUAUUGCUGUUAAUAUAUAAAUAUAUAUAUUUUUUGCCAAUUGUGUUCAAAGGGUUUUGGGUUAAACGAUGGGAAAUAUUUCCUCUUGGUAUAUGACUAGAAAUAUUUUUGGGGUUAAGAUGUCUGCCUUUUUAUAGAUAUUUUUUAAGAUUUUAAAAGUGGCAUGGAAUUAAAAAGCAAAAUGAGUAAACAAAAUGGACUUUUGUUUCUUUUUCCUCUAAACCGUCAAGAAUGUCUGAUCCUUGUUGAAGAUUAUUCAAUUUAUUCCUAAACUAAAUGUAAUAAUGAUUAUAAUAACGCAGGCAUUGUUAUUUAUUACUCGGCUCCUUUGGUUGGCAAAUAGUUUUUUUUUUUUUUUGGACAGUUUAUGGCAUAUGCUAUUCGAAACUGCUUACAAUUCACAAAGAGUAUAUUUUUGUUAAUGAUAGAACCCGACUAUAAAUGGAUGAAUUUUAUAUUCUUAUUCUACUUUUUGUAUUUUUUUCUUUUUCUUGAAGGGGUGAUGGGGGUCACGUGAAGUUUUGACAGUGUAUGGGUAACAAGUGUUUUUGGGAUGGUUUGUUGCAUGGGAAACAUCUGUCCUCCUAUGCAUGUCACGGUUUUUCAACCUUAUGAAUGUGUUUUCACUAUGUCCUAUUCAACAACAAAACCAUGAAAGUACUAAUGACACUACAGGUGUUUCUGAGUGCUGGGAAAACUGCUCGAAUCAAGAUGUACAUGUAAAAUUUCAUCUGUCAUAUUUCCUCACUGUCUUUCCAGACCCUUCCCAUGAAUCUGUAGUGUUUUCCUUACUGUAUAAAGAUGACUUUUAAAUGAAAAAUAAAUUGUAUAAACAUGUUAAUGGAGACAGAUGUUUCCUCUUGAAGAACUGUGGGCAGCUUAGAAUAGGCUCAGAUUUUGAUAUGUAAAUAUAGUGUAAGUCAGAAAGCACCAAUGCGCCUUUGUGUGUGUACCAACAUUGGCUGUUAUCGUUUCAAUCCUGCAUAUAAGUCAAGUAGGAAGGAGACAAGUUGUGAAAUUUGGAAAGUGGAUAAUCUACCCAUUAAAUUGUUUUCUAGAAGGUUCAGGGGGUACUAGAUAACCACAUAUCAAUGGUUAUGUGGCAAUAUUGUUGUUUUAUAAAACAAGCAGAACAAUACUUGUUUUUUUAUAUAUAGAUAUAUUUAAUUUUAUUUUUUGAGAUUAAAAAAACUUGAAGCUAUAAGAGUUGAUAUUAAAUUACACUUUUUCAAAGAUGUAUUGAUGCAAAAUGACACUGCUGUCAUAACCAUAUACAUCCCACUUUGGGAAUGCUGAGAAAUAUCAUGGCAUUUUGAGGAAAUGUCUUAUGCGUGCAUAUACAAGUAUAUACAUUAUGAUUCACUGUACAAAACAUAGCAACUGAAAAAAUUUGCUUUGAUCUGUAAUUUUUUGUUUUGUCUUCUUAAACAGACUGGAAAACCAACCAUCCAAUGUUAGUUUUGACCACUUGUCUCUUGCAAACACGAGAGCAAAAAAACUUGCUAUGAUUUCAUAAUUUUUACUGUUUGGUUGGCUGGUUGUUUUUUGUUUUGUUUUAAGUUAUUAUGGUGGUCAGAUUUUUGCCAAUUAUUUAAUUGUACAAUAAAAUGUUUGUACCAUUUAAAAAUAA